UUUCAUUUUUCCCGUCUCCAAACAAAUGUAUACAUACACGAAAGCAACUCUACCCAUUUUAGGAAUGAGGUUGGCAUGCACGACGUCGCCCAAGAAUUCCUAAAAAGAGUAGGAAAUCAACGAAGAAGCUAACCGUGCAGAAUCAUAUGCGGAUUUUCCCAUUUUGUUUAAAGGCAAAGUGCAUUAAAAAAUAAAGGGAGGCAACCAGAGAUGCUGCAAAUUUAUUGACUUCCCAAGGAAUAGCAGAAGAAGAACCGGCAAAGCUCAGUUGUAUGAUUGAAGAAGUGAAAAGUAACAAGCUUGAAGAACACUGCCCAGGGAGCAGGAGAAAAGGCAACUCUAUGUUUUUCAUCUCUAUUUACAAAUGCGGGUCCUACAUCUACAGUUGGAGUUUCUUCAACCUGUGCUUCAUAAAUUGUUGGCAUAAACUUCUUUUGCUUGCUUUUGCACGUAAUUGUGUUUCAAAAUGCGAGCUUUCAAAGGCUGCUUCAGCUUGAAGCAAUCCAGAAAACAGCAAGGGUAUGAGGAUCCUACCACACUUGCUUCUGAGACACCAUUUACUGUCAAUGAAAUAGAGGCUUUGUAUGAUCUAUUCAAGAAGCUGAGUAGCACGAUAAUUAAUGAUGGUCUUAUUCACAAGGAAGAAUUCCAACUUGCCCUUUUCAGAAAUAGCAGUAAGCAGAAUCUUUUUGCAGACAGGGUAUUUGAUCUUUUUGAUGUCAAGCGUAAUGGAGUAAUUGAAUUUGGUGACUUUGUUCGGUCAUUAAGCAUCUUCCACCCAAAUGCUUCUGAAGCAGACAAAAUUAUAUUUGCAUUUAGAUUGUAUGAUCUGCGCGAAACUGGCUAUAUUGAGCGUAGUGAGUUGAAGGAGAUGGUAUUGGCUGUUCUGAGUGAAUCAGAUUUGACUCUGUCAAAUGAUGACGUUGAAGCCAUUGUAGAUAAGACAAUGCUGGAAGCAGAUUUAAAAGGAGAUGGAAAGAUUGACCAAGAAGAAUGGAAGGAAUUCGUAGCAAAGAAUCCAUCUCUUAUAAAGAAUAUGACUCUUCCGUAUCUCAAGGAACUAACUCUAGCAUUUCCUAGCUUUGUAUUGAACACUGAAGUUCCAGACUAGAGAUAUUGAGAUGCUGUAAACAGUGAGAAAUGUUUGAGCCUAAUGAAGCAUAUAAACAUGAAUAAAGAACCAAGAUGUUCAUAGAAAUGCCCACAAGGGAAAGUGAGCAAGGAAUUGAACAAAAGUACAUAAUGUCCAAGUACUUGCAAACAGGUGAUUUUUUAUUGAGAUGGUUUUGAGUAUCUUGUUCA